GCCUGCUGCUGCUCUUGCUGCUGCUCUUUCCCCUGCUGCUGCUGCUCUUUCCCCUGCUGCUGCUGCUCCUGCUCCUCCUGCUGCUGCUGCUCCUGUGGCUGCUCCUUUAUUAUGGGGGAUGUCCGGUAUGCUGCAAAUAAUAAGACAAUUGAAAAUAAAAAUUUUUUGUGUAUAUACUUAGUUAAACAAUACCAGAUGGGGCGCCACGGUGGCUAGGAGAUGUUAACUACCUCGCCUGGUAUGCAGGAGGCCGUGGGUUCGAUCCCGACGCCUGCUGUAUGUAAGUCUAGGGGCACCCCCAGUGACAGCUGUCCCUGUGCGUUAGUCUACUGCCAGUAGGGGUAGCGAUGAUCGCUGCUGCUGUGUGGCCUAUCCUAGGGGCACCUCCAGUGGAAGCUGUCCAUGUGCGUGAGUCUACUACCUUGCCUGGUAUACAGGAGUGCGUGGGUUCGAUCCCAGACGAUGCCUGCUGUAUAUUUGGAGUUUGCAUGUCCCUCUGUCUUUCUCCCCGUGAUGAGAUGUUAACUACCUCGCCUGGUAUACAGGAGGGCGUGGGUUCGAUCCCAACCCGGACGCCUUGCUGUAUAUUUGGAUUGUGCGUGUCUCUCUCUCUCUGUCUCUCUCUCCCCGUGAUCGCGUGUAUUUUUCUCCAGGUCCUUCGGUUCACUCCCACAUUUAGACUCAACGUCACCACACGUUUGGAGUAUUUUGGUUGCCGCUAUGAAUUUUAGGUGACAAUAAGCCGGACUUCGAGAUCAGCAGCGAGGGAGUUGUAACGAUUUAAUUCGUGGCAAGCACUCUGCGCGUGUGUGUAAUGCGUGUGUGUGCACAUAAUGAGUGUGUGUGCACGUAAUGAGCACGCGACCUUACAAUGUAAAGUCGUACGGCCAAGCGGGAAGCCGACAGAUCUAGCUCAGGCGAGCCAACGUACCGGGGGGCACGUCCGUUGAAGGGUCGCAGUCGUGGCCACGUCUCCUCGCGUCCGCAGGCUGGGGUCGUCCUCCUUUUUGGAUCGUGGAAGUUCGCCGAGAAGCCGCAGAAAAGAUCCCCGGGCACUCAAGAUGCCGCUCAGAGCCAACGUGCGAUGGGAAGACAUCGCCGCCGCUGCUGCCACUGCUCCUGCUGGGGCUGCUGCUACCGAGAUGAGAUAUCGGCAACUCCAAAUGUAUCGCUGCGAAAGGCUUCUGCUGCUGCCAUUGCUGCUGCUGCAUCUCUAAGCUGGAGCCAAAGGGGCGAUGAGGGGGAGGAGGUGGAGGAGGAGGUUGCCCCGUCUCUACCCGUGGAGUCGUUCGUCAUCAAGCGAGAAGAUGAAGAGACGCCCAGGAGUGAGAUGUGGCUGCCGGUGAAGGUGGAGAGCGAAGCUCGCGAUGGCGGUGUUGACGUUCGCAUCAAAGAGGAGGUGGAGGAGGACGAGGACUACGUCGGUGUGGACGGAAGAGGGAACGAUCGGAACGUCACGGAGGAGGGCCCGUGCGCCGAUGCCAGAGAGUGUCGCGUCAAGAGAGAGGAGCCAUGGGUCGAGCGGAGGAGGCACCUCAGAGUGGUGGAGGUGGAUCUCCAGAAGCUGAUUAACGGUGAUGGCGACAGUGGUGACGGUGGUGACCGUGGCGACCGUGGUGACCGUGGUGACCGUGGCGAUGGUGGUGAUGGUGGUGACGGUCGCUCCGUGAGCCCGCGGGGAGGAGACCGAGAUGCCUCGUCAGGCGUGGCAGAGAUCGAGGUGGUGCUGGAGGACGACAGAGAUGGACUAGCGGCGGGCGACGGAUGGGCGCGACGGGUCGGCAGCGGCGACCUGGCCGCGCACACGUGCCCCUCGUGCGGCAAACGCUUCGCCCGCGACUACCUCCUGCGGGCGCACGCGAAGAGCCACAGCCGGGAGAAGUCGCACGUUUGCCCAGUGUGCGGCCGCGGCUUCGCUUGCCCCUCGAACCUGCGGUGCCACGCAAGGACGCACACGGGCGAGAGGCCACAUGCGUGCUCCACGUGCGGCCGCCGCUUCGCGCAGCCAUCGCAGCUCAAGAGCCACGCGAGGACGCACGGCGACAGCGGCGACGGCCCCCACCGGUGCGCCGUGUGCGGCCGGGGCUACGCGCGGCCCUGCGAGCUCAGGAGCCACACAAUGACGCACACGGGCGAGAGGCCCCACCGGUGCACCGAGUGCGGCAAGGCAUGCGUGCGCCCGUCCGACCUCAGGGUGCACAUGCGGAGGCACUCCGACGAGAGGCCAUACGCGUGCGCACUGUGCAGUGCCGCCUUCAAGUACUCGACGUCGCUCAAGUACCACGCAAUGGUGCACGGCGGGGAGAGGCCGUACCGGUGCCAGCUGUGCGCCAAGGCCUUCGUGCAGUCGUCGGUCCUCAAGGCGCACGUGGCGGCUAGGCACAGUGGGCGAGAAGGGGCCGUGGGGGCGCUGGGCACGAGCGUCGGAAGAGGGGGUGGGGUAGUUUUUCCGCAGGUCGGGAAAGGGAAUGUCUUAGGGGCGGUGACAAACUGUUGUCCGUAAUAGAGGGGUUGUAAAAAUGUGUGGUUGUUUUUGUUGUUGGGCUGUUAGAUUGCGGAAGUAUGUGUCAAAGCUAUAAUAGAGGUUUUUGGGUUGGAUUGCGGAAAUGUGUCGUUAAAUCUGCCGCCACCUGGCGCAGCCAAUUAGUUAAGGUUUUGUUACGUAAACAAAAAACGUGGCCAAUAAUACAAUUCAUAACGUGCGCAAUGUUGCAGAAUUACGAGGCAAUUCUAAGGCGCGGAGCCGAGCUCAGUGUCAGAUCAUGUCACGCGGUUCCAGGGAGACUCUGUUAAAUGUUGAGCUGAAGAGAUAUGCCUUUAGAUGUUUUUGAAUGGAGAAAAUGAUUGAUUUUUAUGAAUGUGAAUAGGGAUGACAUUCCAGAUGAUGGGGGCUGUGACAGAGAAAUGACGAGAUGCAAUUACAGUCCUUGUCCUGGGAGUUUCAAGGAGGUUCUGUGAUGCACUGUGAAGGUUUCAAUGGUUAAUUGAAGUGUAAGGUAUCAGCAGAGAACUUAGGUAUACGGAUUCUUGGGGAUGGUAGCAGAGGUAAGCGAUCUUGAAGGUAAUUCUGGUUGAAAUGGGCAGCCAAUAACGGGCAGGAGGGAUGGACAGGGAGUUCGGGGCGAAGGUUGCGGGGGCCAUGGACAACUCGGGAAAUGUGAUUUUGGAGGCAUGCAGCUUAUUUUGGUUGCUUAGAGUGGACCGGAUGAGGAAUGAGUUACAAGUCAACCCACGACCCAACGAUGCUGCAGGCGAGAGUAUUUGUGAUGUUGGAGGUGAUGAGCGGACGUAGAUGGUGGACAGCUCUGAGAUGGUAGUUGCAGGACUUGAGAACAAGGUUGAAGGAUAGAGUGGGAUCCAUAGUGAUGCUGAGAAAUGUUAGAUGGUCAGGGAACGCAACGAAGGAACCAGCGAUUGAGAUUCCCGAGGGGAGUGGGAGUGAAGCCAGUCUUUGCCUAGUGCCAAUUAAGAUGGCCUCGGAUUUGGUAGAGUUUAGGGAGAGGAUUUACACUAUGAGAUCUCCUUUACCAGUGGCAAAACAUAGUAAUAGGUUUUUACCCUUUUAACUGGUACAAAAUCUGACACCUUUAUACAAGGCAUCAUGUUUGCAAUAACCUCAACACAAGUAGUCAAAAUGCAAACAAAAAGAAACAACUCUGAUGAUGAUAAUGAUAUGCACUGUCCUUGAAGUUGAUUGGUCCACACCCGAGACAGCUUUCUUUAGAGCCUAAAGAAAGCUUAGAGCCUAAAGCAGGGGUCGGCAACCUACGGCUCCAGAGCCGCAUGCGGCUCUUUACGGGCUGCUUCUUGACGAUGAGUACGUAUGUACUCAGAUGCAUUGCGGCUCUUGAAAUACUGAAUUUUGUACCGAAUUGGAAAGAAAUGGCUCUUCUUGUUAUUUUGG